AUUAUUCUCAAUGAAACACAGCGAUUUGCCUUUUUACCUCGAGCUCAACUGUAUGCAAACGAGCAGCGGCAUCAUACAGCGACAACCAAUGAGAUUUCAGCUAGUGACCUGCCGCCUCAUACGAUUGGAUACUACGAAAGAAUAGGAACGCCCACUAGUAUCCAACAUGAAUAACAGACUAGAAGACCUCCAUCGAUUUGAUCAGUGUGUGAACGCGCCCACUUGAGAAAUUCCUCAUUUUGGUAACAGUUCAGAGGGAGCUCAUUGUCUGAAGGCGAAGUGAAAAACGGAAGCGUUUUAAGUUUGUUCAGCUUGUGUCAGAAGAUUUGCGAACUUGUAUCAGAUAACAGGACAACGAUUUGCCUUCUAAUUUUGAUGGAUGAUUCGCCGUUUUAUAAUUUUUUUUUAAAUACAUUUCUUAUUUCGUGUUAUUCAAUUUAGUUCAAAAUAUAAUUAAUUUUAAUGACUAUUUAAUGUGUUUAUGAUACGACUCAGUAAUGGGAGGUGUUUAUAUGGAGACCCUUUCUCAGCUGAUCGUGAAUGACUGUUGGGUCGUUGGGCUCCAGCGCAUCGCUGUUGGUGAUGCUGGAGAAGAAGAAGAGUUUUUCGAGAUUAGGACUGAAUGGUCUGAAAAAAGCAUAACAUAUCUGCGAAGGAGAUAUCACGAUCUAGUGAAACUUGUUAGGAAUUUAAGUAUAUUAUUUACAGACGACAGAGAACGUUUGUCUCAGUCAGUGAUGUUUGAGGCACUACAGAGGAUAAAGGAAGCGGAGCAAAACAAUAACGUUCAAACCAGGUUGGAUGCAGUGGAAAAACUUUUGAGAAGUAUAAUCAAAAUGCCACAAAAGUUCUCUCACUCUGAGGCUGUUCUUAAAUUUUUCAAGUCUUCUUCUUUUGACUACACCUUGAAAACCAUGUAUGAACCAAUCCAGCCUCUCCAGAGUCCUGUCACUGUAGCUGAGGUCAGAAGGGCCAAUGGGUUUUGUUUGGCCAAUACAGAAACUGUACUUUUUGAUGCGUAUUUACAAGCACAUGGAGAAGAACCAUCUUUAAAGUAUAGCUCUGAGAAUGAGUCCCAGAUGUGGACCGGAACGGGAAUUCAAAAUGGGAUCAGAUGCGUCAAGGAAACUGCGCACAGACCUGGCAAGGGCUUCAUGACUGCUGGUACCCCUGAAAGUAAAGCUAUAGACUAUCAACCUAAAAAAUCACAGAUAAACACUAGCAACAUGACCUACCUCCACCUUCAACCCUGUGAGACAGACAUCCUUGAAUGACAUAAUGCACUUGACAAUGUAAUUAUAGGUUUAGGGUUCAAGUCCACAGAAAUGUUAUUUUUUAAAGUUUAGUCUGUAAGAUUCUUUUUAAAAUAUAAUUAUAGAUUUCUAAAAGAUUUGUAAAGACUUAUAAAAAUGGAUGUGAUUUUUUUAAAGUUAAAGGGAUACUCCACCCCAGAAUGAAAAUUUUGUCAUUAAUCACUUACCCCCAUGUUGUUCCAAACCCGU